ACUGUCGCAUGAAUACGCAUGCGCGUAAUUAUUACACACGCACAAACCGGCGUAACAAUUUACAAACGUUUAUAUGGUCUGUUUGUUGAGCUGUUUCUAACGUCGGGCUAACAUGUCUUGAGCUAUGUAAUCCAAUAUCUGUUGCCCAGGAUCGUUUACUCGGUCGUGUUGGCUUCUCCAAACACACACAAAAACAAGAUGGCCGCUCAAUGGAUCCGUAUGUUCCGUGGGUUAGAGGGGUUGUUUUGUGUCUACAAACCACCCGGGGUGCCCUGGAAACACGUACGAAACAGCGUCGAGACAAAUCUCCUCAAAGGUAUAAACGACCUCCCUGCGCAACCGGCCCCUCAAGCCGUCAGGUUCUUGCCGGGCACCGUUGAGGGCAAUGGAGGACCCACUGGGCUCACCCUGUCGGCCGCUUCUGUACCUGUGUUGGCGAGCCAUCCUCUCGUAACUGGACCCACGUUACAGCACAUUAAAGUUGCCGUGGGACAUUGUCUGGAUACGUUUUCUUCCGGAGUUCUUGUUCUUGGAGUUGGGAGUGGAAAUAAGGAAGUGGAUCAUCUCCACAAAACAGCCGUCUCUAGGGAUUACACACUGGAGGGAGAAUUUGGGUUUGCCACUGAUGAUUUCUCCCACAUAGGCCGGGUCAUUGAAAGAACCACAUAUGAGCACAUCACACAGGACAAGCUGGAGAGAGUCUUGGCGAUGUUGCAGGGCGUCAAUCAAAAGACCUUGCUAAAGUAUUCCAACGUAGACAUGCGCUCACAGGAGGCCUAUGAGAUGGCUGUGAGUGGUUCCCUGGGUCCAGAUGGGAAAUCUGCACCUAUUCUGACUGGCUUACGUUGCAUACGCUUUCGACCACCUCACUUCACACUGGAGGUGCAGUGUAUAAAUGAAACGCAGAGAUAUUUACGCAGAGUGGUACACGAGAUAGGAUUAGAGCUGCGCAGCACGGCAGUGUGUAAAGGCGUACGACGCACCCGAGAUGGCGUCUUCAGCCUGCAGGACGCCCUGACUCGCCACCGUUGGACUGCUGCUGAUAUUACGCGUGCUGUUCGACGAUACCAAGACUCGAAGAAACAUGGCCAAGUCUCCCACACGCAGAUCCAGGGCUCUACUGUUGAACCAACGAUGGAGAACACAAACUCAUCUAAUCAACAAAAUGAAAUCAGUGAAGGAACAGCAGUCAGUGACAAUGUUGCCAUUCCCAUCUAUAGUGAGAAUUUCUCAUCUUAAUGGACUCAAGUUUUUUUUUUUCUAAAUAUUUUUAAACUUGCUGUCACUCUUUAAAUAAUUCAUAUAUUUCCCAUCUUUCUGGAUGUGGUUUUGCUCUUGAAUUUAAAGCACCGGAGGAUAAUGACAUCGCAUGGAUUAAUUUGCGUUCAUCCGCAAUGUUGUGCUCACAAAAUCCUUCUGUAGGCUGUGACGUACAAGUGUAAUAAAAGUUGCUUCACCUUUUCCACCCAACUAUGAGGUAAGUUUUGUUGAUGAGAACGAAGUGAUAAUAUUUGUCCUCUAUAUUUGUAAUAAAAAUGGGGGGGGAUCUGUUUCCCAACCAAAGGUUCUUUUGAUUAUGUCUGGUUA